AUGGCAAGAACUGCAAUUAUGGGGCCAAUAAUCCACUUGUUCAUGCUCAUUCUUUUUGACAUAUUAGUCAUAAUUCUCUUGCACUUUCCUGUGUUAUCAUCCACUCCAUGCAGCAGAAAUAUAAGGAAUCAUCAGGAUGGGUGGAGAAUUCAGAUGCCACCCUUACAAAUCUUGUUCCUAACAGUGUGGCCAAUAAUGGACAUGCGUUUGACAUGCAAAUCAAAUGGGAAGGAAUACCCACCAGAAGUUCCUUGUGAGAUCACAAAGGUUCUUGAGCUUGAAACAGUAAGAUGGAAGCUUCUAGGGAUCGAAAAUGCUCUUGAAUCAUCUGGCUUCAAUGUCAGUGUUAAAGGAGCCUUAUACCCAGAUAGACGAGGAACACAAAGCAGGAUUAAAAAUCAAUUCGCGUUGAAUUUAAGCUUUAUUCUUCCACCUACACUUUUGGUUCAUGAAGAUGUUAGUCGAGCCAUUGCAAUGUCGGUAAGACCAUAUUAAA